AUGGAAAACCACACUUUCUUCUCAGAAUUCCUCCUUCUAGGAUUUUCCGUCAGUCCAAAGGUGCAGAUAGUCCUGUUUGUCUUAUUCCUUACCAUUUACACAGUUGCCCUAGUAGGAAAUGCUCUCAUAUUGUUGGUGAUCUGCAUAGAUUCCCAACUCCAUACACCCAUGUAUUUCUUCCUUUGUCAUCUCUCCAUUGUGGACAUCUGUUAUGCUUCUAAUAAUGUUCCCCAUAUACUAAGGAACUUCCUAGUCCUAAGGAAAACCAUCUCACUUGUUGGCUGUGGGACACAGAUGUAUCUUUACAUGGCACUGGGUCACACAGAAUGCAUGUUACUGGCAGUGAUGUCCUAUGAUCGCUUUGUAGCGAUAUGCCACCCCUUGCGCUACAGUGUCAUCAUGAACUGGAGAGUCUGCAGUGUUUUGGUGAUAGCCUCAUGGGCUUGUGGCUCCCUCCUGGCUGCAGUACAUGUCAUUCUUGCUUGGCAGUUGCCUUUCUGUGGUGCUAGAGAGGUAGACCAUUUUUUCUGUGAAAUUCUGGCUGUAUUAAAGUUGGCCUGUGCUGACAUCACCGUCAACAAACUUGUGAUCUUUGCUGCCUGUGUGAUCAUUCUGCUGCUCCCCUUCACCCUAAUUCUCAUUUCCUAUCUGCACAUCCUGGCUGCCAUCCUGCGUAUAAGCUCUACUGAGGGACAGCGCAAAACCUUUUCCACCUGCAGCUCCCACCUCUCAGUGGUGGGGCUCUUCUAUGGAGCAGCUAUGUUCGUAUACAUGGUACCUGGGACUGGCAACUCAACCCUUCAGCAGAAAAUCCUUUCUCUUUUCUACAGUCUUGUGAACCCAACAUUGAACCCUCUGAUAUACAGCCUCAGGAACAAGCAGGUGAAGGGAGCUCUGGUAAAAAUUAAAAGGAGCCUUGGAGAAAGGGAGAGAUUCUCUUAA